GCACACUCUCAGGUCAACUCCUUACCCAAAUUCCCUCUCUUUCUUAUUGUUUGCCCCCCUUCUCAUAUUUUCUCGCUCUGAUCACGUCCAAAUCACGCCUCGGGAUUCGAAAAUAUCAGUCGCGUGCACGUUACUUACUGUCGGUGACACGAGAUUACACUAUUGGAAUGACCUGUUGUUGAACCCUCUAUAGCAAUCAUUCGUCAUGUUUCGUCGGAAGAUGUACGCGAGGAAAGUUGCGUGGUUAGCGUUCGGCCUGCUGGUACUAGCUGUUAUUGCCUCAACUGCUCAAGACGUUACUGGAGAUAAUUUGGCACCAGAUAUAUCGAAUACCGCGUCCCUGGGGAUACAGACGCAACAAGGCGACCUAUCGGCCAGUCAUCCAGAAGAAGCGGAACCUGGAAUGCCGGUAGUGUGCAUAAACAUGGUCGUAUUUAAAUACCGAACUCAUGUUGGUUCCGUUUUUACCAGGGGACGAAUGCCGAAUCUAGUCAAGAAAUGGAUCGAACAUUAGAAGCUUCAAGAGCAUACAAGCAAGCGAUGUAUACUUUGUCGACGAUGACAGCAAACCCUCCGAGUCACACACACCUCUCUACAUUUACAGCGGGAUACACCGACAGUUCGAUAUCUCUCUUCUCAUCUUUAUCGCCCUAUCUACAAGGGAAAGGACCUAUUGGCACCUUUGCUCGAAUCAUCAGUAAACUUUAUUCAAAGUUACCUAGUCAGGUAUCAAGAACGGAGAAAGAGGGAGCAAAACAGCGAAGCGAGACCAGCAGGAGGGCCAUCAAAGUGAUUGAUCUCCUUCAACACUCUGCAGAGCUUGGAAACAUGGAUGCACUCUUUACGAUCGCGAAAAUAUAUUUAUUUCCUCCAACUUCACAGUUUCCCUCCGACCCACAUCUUGCUUUUGAUACUUUUUCUAGACAUGCGGCCCUGACAGGCAAUGGAACGUCGCAAGCAUUUAUCGCGUUUUUUUAUGCUACUGGCUACCGUGGUAUUGUUCCAAUUGACCAAGCGAAGGCUCAGCUAUACUACACUUUUGCUGCCAACGCACGAGAUAAAGGCGCACAGAUGGCACUAGGCUAUCGCUAUUGGAGUGGGAUCGGUACACUUCAAGAGUGUCGGAGCGCCUUAGAUUGGUAUCAACGAGCAGCUUCACAAACCAUGGACAAAUUUGCUUCCGGACCGCCAGGUGGAAGGACACUUCCACAAACCCCCACCGUUCUGUCUGAUCUCGUUGGUGGGGUAUAUGGCCCAGGGGCGAGCCAUGCAUCCACCGGUUUGAAUGCCCAUCGUGCGGCCAUUAGAGCUGGUUUAUCCAGGGCUUCAGGUGAAACGUGGGAUGACAUCCUUGACUACUAUUUGUUCAAUGCCGAACGUGGCGAGAUGGAUUUCGCCUUUCGUCUCGGCAAGAUCUACUACCAAGGAAGUAUUUACGCAUCUCCCGGAGGAAUAGCGUCUGGCAGCGAAGGUGUUGGCGCCAUUCCUCGAGAUUACGGUUAUGCGAAGCACUACUUCGAACAGAUUGCCCGUCUCGUGUGGCCGCGUGAUCCCGCUAACCCCCUUCAACAUAAGACUUCGCCUCCAGUCAAGGAGGAAGGUGUACCUUUUGGUUUGGCAGCCGCUAGUGCUGGUUAUCUCGGACGCAUGUACCUAAGAGGGGAAAGUGUGAAAGCUGACCCCGCAAUGGCCAAGAUGUGGUUCGAGCGUGGCGAAGCCUAUGGAGACCGGGAAUGUCAAAACGGGCUCGGAAUCAUGUGGAGAGAUGGGCUAAUACCUGGAUCCAAGGCUGAUUAUAAGAAGGCUAUUCAUUACUUCAAAGCAGCUGCAAACCAGGAACUGGCGGAAGCUCAGGUCAGUAUUGCGAAGUUACACUUCCAGAAUGGUGAUGUUGAUUGGGCAACUCCGAACUUUGAGCAGGCCAUCCGUUUGGGAUCAAACUUUGAGGCAUAUUAUUACCUUGGUCAAAUCCAUUGGGCACAAGCUACGAAUCCAAACAUUGUAUCCAAUGUUGCAUCGGGUUCGUGUGCUAUGGCGGUCUCAUUCUUUAAGCUGGUCGCAGAACGUGGCAGUUGGGAUGAUGAACUUCUCAGAGAAGCUGAAGUUGCCUGGAUGACUGGAACAGAUCAAAGCCGAGAAUUGGCCAUGCUGAAAUGGUGGGUUGCUGCGGAACAAGGGUCAGAAGUGGCACAGACUAAUCUCGCAUACGUACUGGAUCAAGACAAGAGUAUCUUACGCCUGACGCGAUUCUCUCCCAUGACUCCAUCCAAUGAUACUGCUCGCCUAGCUUUGACGCAAUGGACUCGCGCAGCUCGCCAGCAUAACAUAGAUGCGUUAGUGAAGGUGGCUGACUAUUACUAUCAUGGACUGGGGGUGCCGGAUGAACCUGAGGUCACCAGACUUGAGAAGGCUGCGAAAUACUACCAGGCCGCAGCAGAUACUCACCAGAGUGCUUUGGCUAUGUGGAAUUUGGGCUGGAUGUAUGAGAAUGGCGUCGGUGUCGUUCAGGACUUCCACCUGGCUAAACGGCACUAUGAUCAAGCGCUGGAAACAAACUCGGAGGCCUAUCUUCCUGUGUUCUUCUCUGUGGCGAAACUCUAUAUUCGAAGUAUAUGGCAUUCUCUAAUGGGUCGUGAGGGCGGCUUGAACCUUUGGGGUUUCGAUGGGGAAGAAGCAACCCUCCAUCACGAUUCGCCGAAGGUUCACGAACUGGAAAGCGGAACGGACAGCUCUCCGGGAGAAAGGGUAGACGACCAAAUGCUCUACGAGGACGAGGACGGUCCUUGGUAUCUAGGAAAAGCCCGAGAUGAAUUCCAUAAGAGAAAUAAUGGUCAAACGGCUGGAAGAGAGGAAGAGGAUCCAAUCGAAUGGGCUAAAGCUCAUAAGGAUGCGGAGCGUGAACGAGACAGCGACUUUGGACCUGAAGAUUAUUUUGAAGCUGCACUAAGAGGUGGUAAUAGAGAAGAGGUGGAUUUUGAUGAAUUUUCGGAGACGAUGUUACUCGUUCUGCUUGUCUUGACGGUGUCCAUCCUCAUAUGGUUCCGGACUAGGAUGGUUAGGCGGAUGCGACAUGAUCAACAGCAGCAACGACAAAAUGACCAACAACGGCCGCCUCACGUUCCUGGACCCAAUGAUCCGCCGCCAGGAAAUGGACUGUUCCCACCAGGUGAUCCAGGGAGGGCGGAUUGGGCGGUUCUUCGGUGAUUGAUAUGACUACAUACGGGUAGAUAUAGCUCUAAAAAUGCAGACUAAGUUAUUGCCGACCUCGUCGAUCACAAAUCGAUUUUGGGAAUGGGGC